AUGGAGGCCCCUGGAGUUCACCCGGGAGUUCAGGGCUCUCAUAUCUCUCCCUUUCCCUUCUCCCCUCUCUCUCCCCAGCGCGACUUCGCUGACUCCUUGCUGGAGUCCGUGAAUCUCGCCCGGGCAGUGCAGAAUAAGCUUCUCCUUUUCCUUCUCUCUGGCCUGGCCUCGGUUCAUCUUUCCGGCGAACUUAAUAGACAUUUUCCCACAAACGUCUUGAAGAUCACAAAGACAGUGUUCAACAUCUUACUUUGGGGAGUGGCAACUGGGGUCUUCAAAAAGCUUCUCGCCGAAACAGCCGACAGGAAAAAUGAAGCUUCCUAUUUUCAUAGCAGAUGCGUUCACAGCAAAGGCAUUUCGUGGGAAUCCCGCUGCUGUUUGCCUCCUAGAAAAUGUUCCUGCUUUGGACUAAGGUGGUUCACUCCGGCGAGCGAGGUCCCUCUCUGCGGCCACGCCACCCUGGCUUCUGCGGCUGUGCUGUUUUACAAAAUAAAGAACGUGAACAAAACCCUGACUUUUGCCACUCUGAGUGGGGAGCUAAAGGCCAGAAGAGCAGAGGAUGGGAUUAUCCUGGAUCUGCCUCUUUAUCCGGCUCACCCCCAGGACUUCCAUGAAGUAGAAGACUUGAUAAAGACUGCCAUUGGGGACACUCUGGUCCAGGACAUUUGCUAUUCCCCGGAUACCCGGAAGCUCCUGGUCCGGCUCAGUGACACUUACAACAGGGCAUUUCUGGAGGACCUGAAAGUCAACACCCAGGAUCUACCGCAAGUGGAAAACUCGGGGAAGGUGAAAGGACUCAUUCUCACUGUUAAAGGAGAGGCUGGAGGGCAGAGCCGCGCGUUUGACUUUUACUCCAGAUACUUCGCGCCGUGGGUCGGUGUGGCUGAGGACCCCGUGACAGGGUCUGCACAUACUGUUCUCAGCAGCUACUGGUCCCAACAACUGGGGAAGAAAGAGAUGCAUGGUAGGAUCACUCUUUUCCCAUUUCCUUUUUUAUUUGCCAGUGGUUAUGAGUGA